AUGCCCUCCACCAUCUCUCCUCCGCCUACCGCGGGUGAUUCUCGCCUGCUUAUCGUUUCGAAUCGGUUACCCAUCACCAUUCGCCGAUCCGAAAGUGGCAAGUAUGAAUUUUCCAUGUCCUCAGGGGGCUUGGUCACCGGGCUGAGUGGCCUAUCCAAGACUACCACCUUCCAGUGGUACGGAUGGCCGGGCCUGGAGGUGCCAGAAGAUGAGAUCCCUUCUCUGAAGGAUAGACUAAAAGAUGAAUUCGGGGCAACCCCGGUGUUCAUGGAUGACAAAUUGGCCGAUCGUCACUACAAUGGCUUUUCCAACUCGAUUCUAUGGCCCCUCUUACACUACCACCCCGGGGAGAUAGUGUUCGACGAGGCUGCCUGGGACGCCUACCGUGAGGCCAACGGUUUGUUUGCCGAGACGAUUGCCAACGAAGCUCGCGAGGGCGAUCUGAUCUGGGUGCAUGACUACCACCUCAUGCUUCUGCCGGAGCUUCUCCGCGAGCGACUUCGCCAGAUGGGCAAGAAUAACAUCCGCAUUGGAUUCUUUCUGCAUACGCCCUUCCCCAGUAGUGAAAUCUACCGGAUCCUCCCCGUGCGGUCCGAGCUGCUCCACGGCGUGUUGCAAUGUGAUCUAGUCGGUUUUCACACCUAUGACUACGCGCGGCAUUUCCUAAGCAGCUGCGCUCAUAUUUUAGGACUGGUGACGACCCCUAGCAGUGUCCAGCUGGAGGGGAGAUCUGUCCACGUCAGCGCAUUUCCGAUUGGAAUCGAUCCGGAGAAGUUCACGGAGGGGCUGAAGAGCCCCAAGGUGCAAAACCGCAUUGCGAACAUCGAGAGUAAGUUCCAGGGGACUAAGUUGAUGGUCAGCGUGGAUCGCCUUGACUACAUCAAAGGUAUCCCUCAGAAGCUGCAUGCCCUGGAGGUGUUUCUGUCCAACCACCCCGAAUGGGUCGGCAGGGUUGUGCUCGUCCAAGUGGCAGUCCCAAGUCGUCAGGAUGUUGAAGAGUACCAGAACCUGCGGGCCGUGGUGAACGAACUGGUGGGGAGAAUCAACGGCAAAUUUGGUACUGUGGACUACAUGCCCAUCCACUUCAUGCACAAAUCCGUCAGCUUUGACGAGCUGAUCGCCUUGUACUCGGCCUCCGAUGCCUGCCUCGUGUCUUCUACCCGAGAUGGUAUGAACCUAGUAUCAUUCGAAUACAUCGCAACCCAGGAGCGACGCAAAGGCGUCUUGGUCCUAUCUGAAUUCGCCGGUGCCGCCCAGAGCCUGAACGGAAGCAUCAUCGUCAACCCAUGGAACACCGAAGAGCUGGCCAGUGCCUACCACGAGGCCGUCUCGAUGACCGAGGACCGUCGGGCGAAUAACUUCGCCAAGCUCAACAAGUACAUUUCCAAAUACACCAGUGCGUUCUGGGGCAAAUCCUUCGUGGCCGAGCUCUCGCGAUGA